AUGAAGCCGCGAUUAAACAACCGACUGAAGGGAAAUUCGUACUAUGAAUAUUCCAUCAAGCACGGCACGUACGACAUCGACGAGGCGGUAGCGUACAUAGAGAGGAGCUCCUUCUUCAGAAGUUGCGGCGGGGCAGGGUGCGCGGCCAGUCGCAGUAGCAGCGGUAGGGAUAGCAGUUUAGAUAGCAAUUCAUAUUGCAGUUUAGAUAGCGAUUUAGAUAGCAAUUUGGGUAGCAAUUUGGGUAGCAAUUUAGGUAGCAAUUUAGGUAGCAGUCUCGAUGGUAGCCCCAACAACAACCGCAACCGCAGUCGAAUCGCUCCCCGCAGGGGUAGAUGGGAGCCCACCCUGCAACGGAAACUCCUGCGCCUGAUGCGCGAGGAGAAGAAGCACAUGCGGAAUGGCACCCACAAGCAGAGAGGGCCGCCGAAAGCGAAGAGGCGAUCAAAGGACCAUGAGGACGACCAUCUCGAAGGAGGAGAAUCAGGGCUGAUGUACGUGCAUGAUACCUGCGAACAAAUUUUAAAUAGCGGAAAGGCAUUCAGCCAAAACACAGACAGGUAUAUCAUUAUGAACAGAAGAAACCAAAUCAAAAAGAUAAGCCUAAACGAAAUGAACGAACUUAUUACAGAAAUUAUCUACACAACUAUGACAAGGGACAAUUUGGAAAAUAGCCUACUCGACCUCCUAGGAGAAGAACACAUCGAUUUUAUAUUCAAUAUUAUUAAAAACAAGGAAAACAUAAAAAGAGAUAUCAAACUGUUAAGCAAGUAUGUAGAUGUAAAGGAAAAAGUUCUCGCAUCGAAUUUCUUCAUAACUGAUAAAACGACAGACGGAAUUAACAGCAAAAAAAAUAUUUUAAUAAAAAAGGAAAAUAUCGAAAAAAUUGUAGAUUUCUUUUUAUAUACAUUAAAAGAAAACAAUUUUGGAGAUGUGAAAAAAAUUUACAUACCUAAUGAAGAAAACAAAUUGGAAGAAAUACAGGUGCCCAGAAAUACCUCCUACUCAUACACAGACAAUGUCACCAAAGUGAGAAUUAACAGAUUGGAAAAUUUUCAAUUCAGUAAAGACGAGUUAGUUCCUGUGAAAGUCUUACCCUUUUGGCACAGAUACAUUUUCGAGUUCGAACAUUUUAACUAUGUACAGUCCAAAGUUUUUAAGGCUGCUUUUCAGACGAAUAAGAAUUUACUCGUCUCUGCGCCCACUGGGUGUGGAAAAACUAACAUCGCCUUGUUGGUCAUACUACAGCAGAUUUGCCUCUUCUGCGAACAGAACGGAAUCAGCUUGGAGAGAAUAGCCCAGACUUACCUAGUUCGUAGCGGUGAGGGGGUGAGCGCCCAGGGGGGUCGUCGUGCAGACGUACAUCAUGCGCAGCGGAACGGACAGGUGAUAGGUGAUCCCAUGAGAGGGGACCCGCUAAAAGAAGACCCGCUAAAAGAAGACUCGCUAAAAGAAGACCCUCCAAAUGAAGACCCUCCAAAUGAAGACCCCACAAAUGAGGACCCCACAAAUGAGGACCCCACAAAUGAGGGCCCCACAAAUGAGGACCUCCCAAUUGGGGACCUCCCAACUGGAGACCCCCUGAAUGAGGACCCCCCAAGCGACGAGGGCGCCAGCGACCACGCCCCCUCCCGAGGUGGAAACUCCAUAAGCGCAAAAGAAUUCAAAAUCAUUUACAUAGCCCCGAUGAAGUCCCUCGUCUUCGAAAUAACCAACCUGUUCCAAAGGAAGCUAAAAAUUUUUAACCUAAAAGUGUGCGAGUACACAAAGGAGCACAGCCUGACGUCCAAACAGUUGGAAGAAGUGCACAUAAUAGUAACCGUCCCGGAAAAGCUAGACAUCCUUUUAAGAAAUAGCAGUUAUUCCACCACCGUAUCUGAUGAGUCAUUAAUUAAACACAUCAAAUGCCUGAUCCUUGAUGAAGUACAUUUGCUAAAUACAGACAGAGGUGACGUGAUCGAAACGAUUGUUGCUCGAUUUUUACGAUACUCGGAAACGUCCCAGUCGGUGAGAAGAAUAAUGGCCAUGUCAGCCACACUACCAAAUUACAACGACGUGAGGGAUUUUCUAAAAGUGGAAAAGGAUAUGUGCUUCUACUUCAAUGAAAGCUACCGAUCCAUUCAGCUGGAUAAAACGCUCUACGGAAUACAUGAAAAAAAUAUGAACAAGUUGAAUAUAGCCAAAAAUAUAUAUGCCUAUGGCGAAAUUAUUAAUGCAUUGAGGAAAGACAAACAGUGCAUCAUCUUUGUAUGCUCAAGAAAUGACACCAAUAAAACGAUACAAUUCCUGAUUGAUUAUGCUGUGAAAAAUGGGGAGAUCGAUUACUUUGUCAGUAACCUCUACACAGAUAGCGACAUAAAUAAGAAAAUUAAAAAAUCGAAUAACAUGUAUGUGAAACAGUUUUAUGAAUUUGGCUGUUCCAUACACCACGCGGGAAUGUCCAGAUCUGACAAAAUUUUGGUGGAAGAUUUAUUCAAAAAAAAGGCCUUCAACGUAUUAUGCUGUACUUCUACUCUAGCAUGGGGAGUUAACCUACCAGUCCAUACAGUCAUCAUCAAAGGUACCAAUUUUUUUUCCUCCGAAAGUGGAAAAAUGGAAGAUAUGGACAUUCUUAACAUUAACCAAAUAUUCGGAAGGUGCGGAAGACCACAGUACGAAGAUCACGGACAUGCUAUCCUCAUAACCGAAAGGACAAAACUGUACAAGUAUAUAAAACUGCUAACCAAUAAUACCAUCAUUGAAUCGACCUUUUUAAAAAAUAUAGAAAAUCACUUAAACGCAGAAAUUAGCAUAGGGACAACUAAAAAUGUGGAGGAUGGCAUCAAGUGGCUAGAAUAUACCUACCUGUACGUAAGAAUGAAAAAAAACCCUAACCUUUACGAUGCCGAUCUGUCCACAGACAUGCAUCUGUACAAGAAAAGAAAGGAAAUUAUCCUAAAGGCGAUUCAAAACUUGAGUGAAAAUAAGUUAGUAAGGAGAGUACUCCUGACCAACGACUUUAUCGGAACCUUCUAUGGACACAUAGCAGCCAAGUACUAUGUGGAUUAUCAAACCAUAGGAAUUUUCGCGGCAAACAUUGACCGAAGUAAUUACAUAGAAGUUAUUGACGUUAUCAGCAAAUCGAAAGAAUUCGAAAAUAUACAAAUUAGAAAUGAAGACAUGAACGAUUUUUUGUGGUUAAAAAGUAGAUGUGAAAUUAAGGAGCAGUACGACGAAUCAAAAUACAUGACCUUACGUAUAUUGAUCGAAUCCUAUCUCAGAAGGAUACAAAUAAGUAACUUCUCCCUCAUUUGCGAAAUUAACUAUGUGAUACAAAACAUUAUCCGAAUUUUAUAUGCCUACUACGAAAUAUGCCUUAACAUCCUGAAGAAUAUUUCCAACUUGAUUAUGAAUACACAUAAUCUGAUUGUAUCCAUUUUGAGGAGACUUCCCAUCAACUGCUGCGUCUUCAGGCAUUUCUGCUACAGAAAUGAGUUACUAGAAAAGAAGAAUGUGACAUUUUCUAGCCAGCCCGCCAAAAUGUGGGGAAAACAGAGAAACGCUCCCCCAGAAGAUAAUGCAGCUUCUCACCUGAGCCAUCUACCCUACAGGGGGAAAUACGUAAAUCCGCCAGAAAUGUUCGAGGAACAGGAGUAUGCUAAUAAUCAUGAUUUCCAUGACACGCCACAGGGGAGGUAUCGGAAAAACCAAAACUACACCGUCUACCUAAAAGAGUCCGUGGUGAACAUUCUAGAAAAAAAAAAACUAACACACGAAUCUGUCGACACGUUAACCAAAAGCGAACUUCUUUUCUUUCUAAGAAAUGAAGUCUACACCAACCAAAUUCUCUACUACAAAAAUUUAAUUCCAAACUUACAUAUCGAGGGAUACAUUCAGCCCAUAACACAGACGAUCAUGAAAAUAAAUCUCCAGGUGCAACUCACAAAUACUAUUUGGUCAGACCAGUGGAAUGACAUUCAGGAAAACUUUCACCUUUUCUUAUUGAACACACUGAAUAAUGAUAUUUUAUAUUUCCAAAAAUUCUCUAUUCAUAAAAAAGACAGGAAAAAAAUACAUGACAUUUCUUUCGAAUUCCCUCUCUCGAAUCAAAUGCCCCCUCAAAUCACUGUCCAGUUUUUAUCCAUGAAUUGGUGCAAUUUGUCCUAUGUCCAUAUUUUCAACACAAACAAUUUAUUCAUCAAUCAGAAGAUUAAUAUAUUUUCUGAAAUCCUUCCGGUCGUUCCCCUAUCCACGCAAAUUUUGAAAAUCCCUAGCUAUAUCAAGUUUUUUUCCUUCCGGUACUUCAACCCUAUUCAGACUCAGAUGUUCCACGCGACGUUCCACACGGAUGAGAACAUCCUUCUGGGGGCCCCUACAGGAAGCGGCAAGACCGUCAUCGGAGAGCUGUGCAUCCUGAGGAGCCUACUACACCACGAACGGGAAAAAGCCGUGUACAUAUGCCCCAUGAAAGCCAUUGUAAAUGAGCGACACAAGAGCUGGAAGAGCAAAUUUAAAAGCCUCCUAAACAAAAACGUAAUUGAACUGACAGGAGAUAAAAACGAAAAUAAAGAAAACAUCAUGGAGAGUGACAUAAUCAUAUGUACGCCAGAAAAAUUAGACGUUAUAUCCAGAAAUUGGAAAAAUAAAAAAUUCAUACAAAACGUCAGUUUGAUCAUUUUUGAUGAGAUACAUUUACUUGGACAGGAAAACAGAGGAGGUGUCAUUGAAAUUUUAAUUAAUCGAUUUAAAAAUAUGGAACAGUACUUGAAUAAAAAAAUAAGACUUGUUGGAUUAACCACCGUCAUAACGAGUGUAGACGAUUUGAUUUUAUGGCUAGAUGUAAAAGAAAAUUACCUUUUUAAUUUCCCGUCCUCAUGCCGCAUAGUACCUUGUAAAACCCACAUUCUAGGGUUCACUCAAAAGGCAUACUGCGCACGAAUGUCAGUAAUGAACAAAAACGUGUUCGAUGCUGUUAACCAAUAUGCCCAAUCCAAAAAUGUGCUCAUAUUUGUUUCGUCCAGGAGACAAACGAGAGUUACCGCAUACGACAUAAUUUCCCUGAACCUCAGUUCACACAAUCUCAACUUUUUGCAUAUAGAAAAUUUGCUCAAUGAUAAGAGCCACAUCCAGUUUUUACUUAACAGUAGUAAAAAAAAGGACGCGAAAAAAAAAAAGGUUUCAAAAAGAUGGGGAAGAACCAAAGCCAUGACGAUGACAACCAUUUGGACAGCGACAGUGGUGACGAAGAACCAAAUGAUCUCCUCGAUUAUACCGCCCUAAUGAGCAAAGCCAUAUCUGGUGAAGAAAAAACACAAGUAGCUAACAUGCUGUUCCAAAAUUACCUGAACAUAAUCGAAAAUGAACACUUGAAAGAUUUGCUCAAGUACGGAAUAGGAAUCCAUCAUGCUGGGUUAAACGAAAAUGACAAAAACAUUGUAGAAUAUUUUUUUUUAAAUAAAAUAAUUCAAAUACUUAUAUGCACAUCGACCUUAGCAUGGGGAAUUAACCUUCCAGCCUAUCUAGUAAUCAUAAAGGGAAAUGAAUUCUACGAUGCCAAAACGAAGAAGUACAAAGAUAUUUCAUACACAGAUUUACUACAAAUGAUUGGAAGAGCUGGCAGACCACAAUUUGACGACAAAGCUUUAGCCAUAUUGCUAGUCCAAGAAAAAAGAAAAAACGCAAUCAAAAAUUUCCUCUAUCAUCCUAUGAAUAUAGAAUCCAAUAUUAUAGAAAAUUUAAAUGAACAUAUCAAUGCAGAAAUUUGUUCCAAAGUUAUAAACAACAAGGAAGAUAUUUUAACUACCUUACCAAGUCGUAUUACUUUAAAAGACUUUUUUCGAACCCUUCUUAUUACAUUAAAGAUGUGCAAUAUGUCCAACUAUUUGAUAAUAAUAUACUGUCUAAUCAAGCCAAGAAGGUUAUAUAUGAGCAUGUGAACAAAAUUAUCGAUAGCACAAUUACCUUUUUGGAGACCAACAAGUGCAUACAUGUCACAAUGGAGGAUUACAUGCACACUUAUUGUGCAACCCCCCUGGGGCAUAUUGCCUCCGUGUACUACUUGAAAUGUGAAACGGUUUCUUUUUUUUACAAAAUGGUUGAGCAGAGUUGUGGGCGCCCUAAUGGUGUGGAAGGCGAAAACGAUAGGACAGAAGAUCACAGUGGAGAGCUCGAAAAUGGCAGCCUUGUGGUCGAUCGGGGAGAGGCAGCCAUGGACUUGGGGGAAGGCACCUAUGGAGAAGAGAUACGCGGCGAGAUAAGCGGCCAGAUAAGAGGCGAGAUAAGCGGAGCGAAACGGGGCGCGAAAAGCGGCUCACCGAACGAAGAUCACUGCGUGGAGGAGAAAUCAACCCCCCCCGACCACCUCGACCACCGCGACGACAGUGACUAUCGCGACCACCGUGACCACCUCGACCACCGCGACCAGCGCAACGAGUCGCCCUGCCGCCAUCAUCGGCGCCACCGCGCGCAGGCAAAGGAACUCGACUUUUACGGGCUGUUCGCCCUGAUCGCGCAGGCCAGGGAGUUUGAUGACGUCCCCCUGAGGCACAACGAAGACAAGUACAACGUGAAGCUGAGAAACCAAAUUCCCCUAGACAUCGACAUGAAUAUGAAAAAUGUCAAAACAUACCUCCUGCUUCUCUCCCGUUUGUACGAAUGCACCUACGAAACGGCAGACUAUCACAUCGACUUGAAAUUAGUCCUGGAUCAAGUAGCAAGAGUUAUUAAUGGAUUCAUUGACAUAUGCUUACUCUUUGGUAAGUAUAAUUAUAUACAAAAUUUGAUCCUCAUAUAUCAGUGUAUUAACCAGAAAAUUCAGCCCAGCCAAAAUUCCCUUCACCUGAUUAAGGACAUAAAUGACAGUCAGCUAGCCAAAUUGGCAGAAUUGCAAAUCAAAAAUUUAAAGGACCUACUAAAAUUUGAUAAAUCUUUUUUAUAUUCACUUAACAUCUUCCACACCUCUCAGUUGGAUUUUAUUUUUCAAAUUCCGUCUCUAACUAGCAGCAUCAAAUUAUUUUACAAAAAUGCUAACCUUAGUAACGACGUGGCGGAAAAGAAAAAUAACUUUGUCAGCAUUCCUUGUGUGAAUCAUCUAAAAAAUGAAAAUAAAUUUUUUUUUCAAAUGAAACAUCAUGAUCCGAAUGAAAUUGUCAUUAGAGUUUUUUUUUGUUUCUUUAAUAAAGUAUCGCGGGAUGCCAAUUCUGGUACCCCUCCUAGUGCGAAUGUGCAGUGGUACGCCAUCCUGCACGAUUGUGCUCAAGACGAAUCGGUUUCCAUCAAGCGCUUCAACAAUUCGGCCCUAAAGAAAACAUCAUCCGUCUCGUUCACUUUGGAAGACCUAGUCCAGGGGACCUACCACUUUGCGGUGUACGCACAUAGUGACACCUACUACGGAAUAGACCACGAGGUACACUUCCAGCUUUCUGUUGAAUAA